CACACACACACUCUCUCUCACACACACACACACACACACACUAUGAAGGUCCAUUUUGUGAGAGCUUCACUUUUUCUAAUAAUCAUGAGGCAGCACUGAUGAAGAGUCUAAAACAGCAGCAUCAUCAUCAUCAUCAUCCAUCGGACAGACAGAAAUGACUCAUUGCGCACAGUCAGUCAGUCAGUCAGUCAGUCGGGGUGCGUGAAUUUUACGCGUUGCUGUGGAGGAUCGAUGAAACCUCCAAUACCCAUAUUGUGGUCGUCUGUGCAAGGCGUGGCUUGGUGUCACUGACACACGGUUGAUUUUCCACGUUCAUUCCCAGGGUUUGGCCACGGACGCGCAAACGGCACCGCGCGGCACGGGACAUAAAAGCGUCAGUGAAGACUUAGGUCAAGCAACUGUUUCCAAGUUUGGAUUACAACGAAACUCAAAGACUUAACACAGUGAGAACAUGGGAACUAACCCAAAAAGGACAGUGACGGUCCAGAUGGUGCCUCAGCUGGCUGCGGUGGACGCACUCGGCAAUAAGGAGCCUAAUGCCAACUGGACUAAAGAGGCCAACCUCAAACUCUCACAGGUUUGUCCAAACCCCAUCCUCACAUCUCCUGAUCACACACAGGACAACUUACCAGUGACUGCUGCUCCCACUAACAUCAUCCCACACACCCCAAAAACAGCUACCAAGGGAAGUGAACCAAUUCCAGACCAUGGAAACCAGAUAAAAACUGAGCAUGUGACAGGUGGAGACCAACAGAUGCCAGAUACUUCUCUACCUGGCAACGGUGCGGGUGAGGCAGGGGGCGACCAGAGGGAUUCAAACGCUAAUAUGAAAAUGUUAAGCCUGGGUGAUGAAAAGGAUAUAAGUACGGCUGGUGUGCCAUCUGCUCUGACAGCGUCAACAGUCGAUAUACACGCCGGUGACUGCAGAAUAAAAGGGCCAAGUGCAGCAGCGGAGCAGUGUGUAAAGCCGCCGUCCUCGGCCAAAGACAAAGCACGAGAGGACAACAAUAAUGAAUACGUUACUACAAGUAAUAAAAACCUUAUCAAUGCCAGUGAUUCAAAACAAACAGCAUCUGCACACCAAGAGGGAAGUAAAGGCAGUGUAUCGGCUAACAAAAACCAGCACACUGCUACAAUACAGAAAUCUACAGACCCUGAUCACAUACCAAACCCUUCACAGAGCUGUGACCGUCUGCAAGAGACUCCCACACCUGAGAAAAGCCUGGACACUAUAACUCCACUCAGCUCUAUUAAGCCUCUGUCCGUCGGCAGAGAAGAAGAAGACAGGUCUACAAAUUACAAUUCAACUUCAACUGUGUCAGAGAAGCAACUGGAGAAGAAAAAACAAGUCUCCUCAGAUAAACAUCAGCCAUUGUCUUCACAGUCGGCCUCUGCUUCUCUGCCGCAGGCUAAACAAAUCACACAGGCGUGUGGACAGGUGGCCGAAGGAGCCGGCCAGACUAUCACAGCUGUUUCUGAAGGGCAGCAGGAGCACUGCAAACUCUACAGGGAGGCUUCGACCAUGACCUCAUCCCUGUCGUCCACCACAGUCAAGCAGUGUCAUGAUAUGGAGGUGCAAGCAGUGGCUCACAUGUGCAGUAAAGCCGUGGCCACAAGUCCGAGCUUGCUGCCUUUGAGCCGCAGGCUGAGCAGUGCUGCAGUCCCUCAGGAGGACGUGCAGAGCUUGGCUGUAGUCUAUCAGGAGGACAGGGGUGUGUGUCUCCAGGAGACGCACAAGACUCCUGUAUCAACCUCGACUGAUCCAAGGUCAGAGAGACUUACAGUAGAGGCAGAGAUGUGUCAUAACCAAACUGCAGCCAUGGUUUCUAACUCCAAACCAGAUGGAGGAAUUGGAGUUGAGCUUAAAGAACCUGUGCCAGCUCGAUGUAACAUCCAGCCAGUUUAUCAAAUCAACAUUGAACACAGCAGCCAGAGGGAGCAGGGAGAGACCGGUAACUCCCAGUGUCAAACUGCAGCUCAGACAUCUGCAGCAAAAACAAGCACUGCUGAAGCUCCCGCUCUCAAAUCAGGAACUCCCCCAGAGACAGCGGGUGCUUCCAAGUCUGGAUCUGCUGACUGUAACAAUACUGCGCCGUCUCAGGCUGCUGUGGCCACCAAGCCUGACCGGGCACUGCAAACAAAAGCAGCAAAAAACACCACAUCCAAAAAAAAGGAAGCACACGCGGGCAAAAAGAAGGCGGGCGCGGAAGGAAAAAGCAAGGGCGAUGAUCAGUCAGGAAAGACGAAAGACAAGAGCGUCCAUGACGUCGUCUGGGAUGAACAAGGGAUGACUUGGGAGGUUUACGGGGCCUCUGUAGACCCAGAGUCCCUUGGUUUUGCCAUUCAGAGCCACUUGCAGUGCAAAAUUAAGGAGCAAGAGAGGAAACUAAUUGCCCAGACUUCCCUCCGAAAGUCAGUCUCUGCUGUCGACUCACCACAACAUGACAGGAAGAACAAAAGGAGGCAGCAGAACAUUUUCAGGUCAAUGCUGCAAAAUGUCAGGCGGCCCAACUGCUGCGUGCGUCCCCCUCCCUCCUCUGUCCUCGACUAGCACAGCACAGAGAAAGAGCCAAAGUCGGGCUCCCCUCUUUUCCUAGAGGUCAAAAUGUUUGUCCUCCGCUCGUCACGACUGCAAUGCCAAGUGAAACACUGAUGGGUUGACGGUCUCUGUAAGUAAGUGAGUAUACCGGAAUGUUGUUGCAUUAAAGAGUCAAACUACUUGUGAUGUUUGUGAUCAAAGGAA